GACAGCUUAGACAUACUAUAGCAGGCACAGAACAUUUGCUAUGGAGAGCAGCAAAUGGCUAGCAGCGGUGGCUAGCAUAUGGAUCCAGUGCAGCAGCGGCGCAUCAUACGCCUUCGGCAUCUACUCCCCUGUGCUCAAGUCCACCCAAUUUUACGAUCAAUCAACUCUCGACACCGUCUCUGUUUUCAAAGAUAUCGGCGCCAACGCCGGAAUUCUCUCCGGCCUCCUUUAUACCGCUGUCGCCGCCAAGCCUAGAUCCGGCCGAGGACGAUUCUCAUUUCUCCACGGCGGGCCAUGGAUCGUACAUCUGGCUGGGGCUAUCCAGUGCUUUGCCGGUUAUUUCUUCAUGUGGCUUGCCGUCACCGGAACCAUAAAGAGGCCGCCUGUGACUGUUAUGUCCCUGUUCAUGUUCAUUGCUGCUCAUGCUCAGACUUUCCUUAAUACGGCUAAUGUUGUUGCGGCCGUUCAAAAUUUCCCGGACCAUAGUGGCACUAUUGUGGGUAUCAUGAAGGGUUUUCUUGGUUUGAGUGGAGCAAUUCUAAUACAAGUGUAUCAGACCAUAUUUAAUAACAACCCAAGCUCGCUGAUAUUGAUGCUUGCAUUACUUCCUACUAUAGUCACUCUGAUGCUCAUGUUUUUGGUGACAGUCCAUGAGACACCUUCAAGAAAUGAGGAGAAAUAUUUACAGGGCUUCUUAUUGGUUUCUUUAGUUAUUGCUGCAUAUCUUCUGUUCUUACGGAUUUUGGAGAACGUCUUUGUCUUCCCAGAAUGGGCAAAGAUCAUUACAUUAUUGGUUCUCUUUGCUCUUCUCUGUUCUCCUAUUAGUGUUGUAGUCAAGGCCCAAAGCGUUGAUCUAGAGAGACUGCCGCCAUCAGUCACAUCUUCUACCUCUCUAUUGAUAGAUGAACCUGAAUGGGAGAGUUCUGAUAAAUUGGCUGUUGAGAAUAUUAUGGAUUAUGAUGAAGUGCCAACAGAUACAGUCCAGCGAAAGGCUAGCUCUAUCUUGCAGCCUGAUGAACAAAAAAAUUUGUGGCAAGCCAUGUGCACCAUAGACUUUUGGCUUCUAUUUGUCGCGAUGAUAUGUGGGAUGGGAUCCGGACUGGCCACGAUAAAUAACAUUAGCCAGAUUGGGGAAUCACUUGGUUACACAACAUUGGCAAGAAGUACAUUAGUUUCACUUUGGAGUAUAUGGAAUUUUCUUGGCCGUCUUGGAGCUGGAUAUGUAUCAGAUAUAUUUCUGCUCAGGAGAGGGUGGCCAAGGCCAUUAUUCAUGGUCUUUACUCUAGCAGCAAUGACUGGUGGCCAUGUGAUUAUCGCUUCAGGUUUUCCCGGAAAUUUAUAUGUGGGUUCACUGCUAGUAGGUGUUUGCUAUGGGUCGCAGUGGUCAUUGAUGCCUACCAUAAGUAAAGAGAUAUUUGGUGUGGUCCAUAUGGGUACAAUUUUCAACACAAUCGCCAUAGCUAGUCCAGUGGGCUCUUAUGUUCUUUCUGUCAGAGUAAUCGGCUAUAUAUAUGACAAAGAGGCAUCAGGAGAAGGAAAUUCAUGCUUUGGUACUCACUGCUUCAUGUUAUCUUAUUUCAUAUUAGCAUCAGUAAGUCUUUUUGGAGUUGUAGUUGCCUUGGCAUUGUUUUAUAGGACAAGAAGGUUCUAUUCUCGUGUGCUCAUGUUGUGCUGAUCUGAUCACAAGGUUGCAAGGCACUGAAAGGUCUGGCAUAAAUUUUGGCCAAGGUUUCUGUAUUUGUGUCAAAUCCUUGCAG